AUGUGCAAGAACAAGGAGUUAAAGUACGUCGAUGUUUGGAAGGAGCACCUCGCAUAUAUAGGAUAUCUACCGUAUUCGUCAACGUUGAUCGUGUUGUUUGAGGACUUUUCUGUGCAGCUUGAGAAGAGGUUGAAUAACCCCGCUGCUGUUAUCGACACCGCUCAUCUCAGAUUCGUAGGCUGGUUUGCCGUUCGUAUUCUGCUGUGGUACUUCGUCUUUGAAUUCAUUCUCCACAUCAUUUACGCGCACACGGUAUUCCACUCUACAUUCAGCGACAUCUCCGACUUUAACAACUACGAAGGCAAGACCUCUCCUAUAGAAUCGCGAAGAUUUUUCUGCUCGUGGAGUGAUGAAUCCAAAUAUUCAGUGGCAGCCUUCGCUUUCGUUGCUGGUCAACUCUUCUACAUGAAGUAUGUGGUCAUAUUCGGAAUUCCAGCACUUUUCUCCUAUUUGGACGGAAUGCGUCCACCUCCUCCUCCGAUCUGUAUUGCGCGUGUUUCACGUUAUUCUCUGAUGUGGCGCCAUUUUGACGCUGGGUUAUACCAGUUUCUCAAAAAUCAGGUGUACAUCCCACUAAUGAAAAUCCCCCUGCCGUUAUCCCUGGUCAUCGUUCGAAUCCUUGGCACACUGGCGGCCGUUUUCGGAGUGGUGCUCGCCUGGCACGGCUUCAAAACAAACUACAUUUGUUGGGUUUCUCUUUCCGCCUUAGAGCUGAUAAUAGAAAGAGUAGGGAGGCUGAUUUGGAACACAGCACGUUUCCAAGACUUCCGUCAGAAAAUCGGAGAAACCAACACUCGAAGAGUGGUUGCAGUGGCAAUGUUAGCUACAGUGAUCCCUGGCAUCUUUGGAGUGUUCUUCUUCCUUGGAGAGCAGGGCAUAGGCUCAGUAGUAUUUCGAAGGAUUUUAGUUGACGGUACACCUAAUUUAAUCAGAGGAAACGUAUUUCUGAGCAGGUUAGUGACAAACUUUCGUAAUCUAUACUCCUUAAGGUGGACUUAUGAGCGAAAAUUCCACGUAUAUGUCUCACUCGGUUAUAAUUAG